AUGGUGCAACCGCAAAUUCUUCACCCCAAUACACAAAUAAGCAAUAUCACGCGACAAUUUCGCGAUGCGGCAUCUCGGCUGCAACCUGGCAAGCUGGUCAAAGAUGAAGACUUCACGCUAUUUGAAGCUGUCGGCGCCUUGGAGAUUGGAGAUCCCAAAAUGGACAGCGGGUCGCUUGUGUUUGAUCCUGACCUCGAUGAAGAGCUUGGUUUGUCAACGGUUGCAACUGCCGAAGAAACAGUAUGGUUGAUGGAUGAACUGAUACGUCGCGAGGUAGCAUGGCACAUGGGAUAUCCUCUAUCUCAAACACUUUUUACAUCGGUCCACAUCGAACGACUAUUGUGGCCGGUCCCAAGGCAGCUCACCGAUGCUCGCUUUGAUCGAGGCGAUCCCGUUGCGACCCGGCCUCCCUCCCUCAUCCUAGAUGUUUUCCAACCCUAUUGCAUUGGUCUGAUCAAGUGCUGUGACCUCGUUCUAUCGAUGAUUACGAGUGAGCAUUAUUAUGAGGAGGAAGAUUUCGCAACCCAAAUCUACAACAGGCCAUUAUUGCACGAUUUUCCUGUGGAUGAAGUGUUAGUAAUGCUCCAAAAUGCACGUAUUUGGCUGCAUGACAGCAGCUUGCCGGCAGGCCUGAAGGACGCCUUGAAAGCCCGGCUAGACCUACGGCAAUCUCUUCUUGGACUGUUCCAGUCCUGCGCACUUGGGGAUCGGAGCACCAUCGAACAUCUCGACCGUAGCAUUGCCUAUAUCAAGAUGGUCGAAUCCUCGGCAAUCCUAGGUCGCGCAACCGCAAACGAAGCAUUUACAUUGAAAAUUCAACGAAAGCUCGCCAGCAGUGUACCACCGCGGCCAAUGGUCGCAAUUGAACGACCUAAAGCGUUCGAUUUCCUACGACAGCUGAUCACCGAAUCGACGAUUGCUUUUCAAGUCUUUGACAUUACUGCCAGCGGAGAUUUGCUAGUUGCGUACCAGACGUUCAUGGCGCAGUCACCCCAGCCUGCUAUCUAUGUUCGGGCUCUUCUCCAGUCUUUCCUGACCUGUCAUGACGCCGUACUAGGCAAGUUCGCUGUCAAGGAUUUCAUAGCACAAGACAUCCAAUCUUUGGUCAGACCAAUCGUACCACUACUCGAUCAUGGUGUUGGAUUGGAUGACACAGCGACCGAUGCAAAAUUCCACUUCUGCUCCCGACUGGAUUCCUUCAUGAACCGAUGCGGCCAUUCCUUCCUCAAUUUAUUCCGGACGUUUUGCCUCAAUCGAUGUCGGGUAAGACGCACGCUAUGUCAUGCAGCACUCGAGUGGGAUCAAAUUCAGGCCGAGGCAGAGGAGAUGGAUACCCUUGCCCAGUCUUUGUUUCGAGAAGAGCCAAUGCCGUACCCGCCUGGGGAAGAACUGACUCUCUCAUAUUCUCUCAGCAGUUGGGUAUACCACCAUAAGCUCAUGCAGCUUCGGAUCGUUGUGCAGACCGGCUUCGAACUCUCCAUCUACGCUCCACACGAAUUCACGGAAAUCUAUUGGUACCUCUCGUUUCUCUCGAGCACCCAUCUUUCACAUCUAGAGCGCAUCAGCUUCUUUGUCUCUUCGAAACAGCUUUCAGCACAAACCUCGCCCAAUGCAGUGCGAGAGACCUUGCGCAACCUCUACAGGCACUUCACCUGGCUGAAGGCCACCGAGGCCAUGUCGAAAGCCUUGCAUCGUGUACUCGUUGUCAUUCAACGACAUGGACAGUUGACAAACCCAAACCCCGCCUACGCAUCGGAGCUCCUAAGAUACGAACUCAGGAUGCGACCGUUCAUGCAUUUGUCCGUUCCAGAACCUAUAGAUGUCGAUGUGGCCAAAGAUUUGGCAUCACUACGGAAUUUGUCUGACCCAGUGAUACUCCAGCAGGCGUCACAACUGAUUCAGGUGGCAAGAAAGGCAUGGGAUGAAGUUAUGAGGGAGAAAUGGCACCUGCAGCCUCUUUCCAGGACUGAAGAGGUCAAAUCCUCGCCCAACACAAGUCUCGGCGCAACACGGUAUGGCGUCGUGGAAAGAGAAUGGACGAAAGAUGUCCAAAAUGCCAUGAGAGCUUGCAUCGGUGCGGGCAUUGCAAUCAGCACAUUGAGCAAAGCUUUCCAUGAGGGCCGAAUCGCUGCUGUGAAGGUUGAGGUUCCACCGGUUGGCCAUCGGGAUCGGUGGCACUCGUCAUGGCCAGUCCCGAGGAUCUCUGGAUGA